AUGCUACGGGGGGAGCCAGGAGAGUACGAGCUUACGCCUGUCCAAAUGACGGAGUUCAACGUGUUCCCGCCGCCGGGCGCGAACAUCGAGGUCGGCGUCAUGACCGGGCCCCUGCGCACGCACUCGAGGAGGUCUACCUACGUGUUCGCGGAGCUGCUCGACGGGCUCGACUGGUCGACCAUGUCUGGUGGAUCGAUCUUUGGCUCCUUGCAGAGCGAGGGUGCCGACGGGGAGGCGGGAGGAAGCGGAGACGGGAUGGACAUGGAUGGGGUUGACGCGAACCCGAUGCAGGAGCUGCGACGGAGCGUUGAUCAGAACAGCCUUCGGUUUCAGGGGGGCUUCAGGCCGGGUUCUUGCUGUCUCACUACUGGUGUGGUCGUCGACACCGGUGACGAUUUCACGAUGGCUUCGCUCUACUGCAUCUCACACGUUGGCUGA